AUGUUGAUAGAGCAAACACAGGAAAACCAUGAAAUAAACAAAAAUUGGAAACAAAAAUCAAAUGAUGCAGCCAAACCAAGCACUUCAAAAGACAAAAGUUCUGACUCUGAAAGUGAAGAUGAAGAUGAUCAAGAACACACUACCCCCCUUAGACAUCAGAUAAGUGGAAAGCAAAGAAAACGAAAAACAAAAGUCAAGACAGAAGACUCAUCAUYRAAAAAGCAAAAGRCWAAMAACAAUGKUGACCACAACCCAUCAUACGAAGCCUUAUCUCAAAAAUCCACUGAAUUCGUCCCGUUUGACUAUAGCCCUGGAGAGAGUAGUAAGCUUGAAGUUGAAGAUAAGAGUCAAGUCAAGAAAGACAUUUUUAAUCCUUAUGAAAAAACAAAACAACAAAAGAAAACCAAGUCCCCCCGGUCUAAAGUACACCUGAAAUCAGGAGAGAGAAGYAUGACCUGGUCGAAAAACAGAUCGUCACAAGGCAAACAACAAUGGCCRUCACGAUGAAACGCGAACACCAAACAUUUCUCGUCUUGUUCUUUCAUAUCAUCUUUACAUAAAA